CUGGGCUACAUAGUGAGUUCCAGAAAUGGAUGAAAAGAGGCUGCUGGAUCCAGGGUUGAAGGUUCAUAAAGGUCUCUGGGAUCACACUCUGAAGAAGCUGCAGAUGGAAUGCCUGAGUGACUGAAGAAAAUGGGUGCUAAUGCAUCUAACUAUCCUCAUUCAUGUUCCCCGAGGGUAGGGGGAAAUUCACAAGCCCAACAAACUUUUAUAGGGACAUCAUCCUAUUCUCAGCAAGGCUAUGGUUGUGAAUCAAAAUUGUAUAGUCUUGACCAUGGCCAUGAGAAACCACAAGACAAAAAAAAGAGAACCUCUGGCCUUGCUACCCUCAAAAAGAAAUUUAUUAAGCGUCGAAAAUCUAAUAGGUCUGCCGAUCAUGCCAAGCAGAUGCGAGAACUCCUCUCUGGAUGGGAUGUCAGAGAUGUCAAUGCGUUAGUGGAGGAAUAUGAGGGAACUUCAGCUUUAAAGGAGCUUUCUCUACAAGCCAGUUUGGCUAGACCAGAAGCCCGGACAUUGCAGAAAGAUAUGGCUGACCUUUAUGAGUAUAAGUAUUGUACUGAUGUAGACUUAAUAUUUCAAGAAACUUGUUUUCCUGUUCAUCGUGCCAUUUUGGCAGCAAGGUGUCCAUUUUUUAAAACAUUGCUUGCUUCCUCGCCUGAGUAUGGGGCAGAGAUAAUAAUGGACAUCAAUACAGCUGGUAUUGAUAUGCCCAUGUUUUCUGCUUUGUUACACUACCUUUAUACAGGAGAGUUUGGAAUGGAGGACUCAAGGUUUCAAAAUGUUGACAUCCUUGUUCAACUUAGUGAAGAAUUUGGAACACCAAACUCCCUUGAUGUAGAUAUGCGUGGACUCUUUGAUUACAUGUGUUACUAUGAUGUCGUCCUUAGUUUUUCUUCAGAUUCUGAACUGGUUGAAGCUUUUGGGGGAAAUCAGAACUGUUUAGAUGAAGAGCUGAAAGCCCACAAGGCUAUUAUUUCUGCACGGUCUCCAUUUUUUCGAAAUUUAUUACAAAGGAGGAUACGGACUGGUGAAGAAAUCACAGACCGAACUUUGAGGACUCCCACAAGAAUUAUAUUAGAUGAGUCCAUUAUACCAAAAAAAUAUGCAAAGGUGAUACUACACUGUAUGUAUACCGACGUGGUAGACCUCUCCGUUUUACACUGUAGCCCUUCUGUGGGAAGUCUCAGUGAAGUUCAGGCUCUCGUUGCAGGGAAGCCAAACAUUACCAGGGCAGAAGAAGCCAUGGAACUUUACCACAUAGCACUGUUCUUGGAAUUUAACAUGCUUGCACAAGGCUGUGAGGAUAUCAUUGCAGAGAGCAUCUCAUUAGAUACCUUAAUUGCCAUCCUCAAGUGGAGCUCUCAUCCAUAUGGCUCUAAGUGGGUGCACCGGCAAGCUUUGCAUUUCCUCUGUGAGGAAUUGUCCCAGGUCAUGACUUCGGAUGUUUUUUAUGAACUCAGCAAAGAUCAUCUGCUUACUGCUAUCCAGUCUGACUACCUACAGGCAAGUGAACAAGAUAUCCUUAAAUAUGUAAUUAAAUGGGGAGAGCAUCAGUUGAUGAAAAGAAUAGCAGACAGAGAGCCAAACUUAUUGAGUGGAACUGCACAUAGUGUGAACAAAAGAGGAGUGAAAAAACGAGACCUAGACAUCGAAGAGCUGAGAGAGAUCCUUUCUUCUCUCUUACCUUUUGUGCGAAUUGAACACAUCUUACCUAUAAACAGUGAAGUCUUAAAUGACGCAAUGAAAAGAGGUUUAAUUAGUACUCCCCCAUCAGAUAUGCUUCCUACAACAGAAGGAGGAAAGUCAAAUGCCUGGCUACGGCAAAAAAAUGCUGGUAUAUACGUUCGACCUCGGCUGUUCUCCCCCUAUGUGGAAGAAGCAAAGUCAGUGCUGGACGAGAUGAUGGUGGAGCAAACAGACCUUGUGCGCUUGCGAAUGGUUAGGAUGUCCAAUGUGCCAGACACACUUUACAUGGUCGGCAACGCUGUGCCCCAGUGUUGCCACAUGAUCAGCCACCAGCAGAUCAGCAGUAACCAGUCAAGCCCUCCUUCAGUUGUAGCCAAUGAAAUUCCAGUUCCUCGUCUCCUCAUCAUGAAGGACAUGGUCAGACGCCUGCAGGAACUACGACAAACCGAGCAGGUGCAGAGAGCCUAUGCGCUGAACUGUGGGGAAGGUGCCACUGUCAGCUAUGAGAUCCAGAUUCGAGUGCUGAGGGAGUUUGGGCUCGCAGAUGCUGCUGCAGAGCUCUUGCAGAACCCUCACAAAUUCUUUCCUGAUGAACGUUUUGGGGAUGAAAGUCCACUCCUGACCAUGAGACAGCCUGGAAGAUGUCGCAUUAACAGUACCCCUACUGCAGAAACCAUGUUUACAGACCUGGACUCUUUUGUGGCCUUCCAUCCACCCUUGCCCCCACCACCCCCUCCAUAUCACCCUCCAGCCACCCCAAUCCAUAACCAACUCAAAGCAGGCUGGAAACAAAGACCUCCCAGUCAGCACCCUUCACGUUCAUUUUCUUACCCCUGUAAUCAUUCACUGUUUCACUCCAGAACAGCACCCAAAGCUGGCCCUCCCCCAGUCUAUUUGCCAGGUGUUAAAGCAGCGCCGCCUGAUUGUGCGAGCACCACCACAGGACCGGGGAGACAGACAAUCCCCACUGCUGCAGCUGCUGCCGCCUCAGUAGCAGUGGCCUCUGAGAAACAAAUGUGUACACAGCCUGUGCUGAAUGACCUGAUGCCAGAUAUCGCCAUGGGGGUUUCCACACUGUCACUGAAGGACAGGAGGCUUCCAGAACUUGCUGUAGACACAGAGAUAAGCCAGCCAGUUUCUGAAGCAGGAACAGGGCCUCCCCAGCAUCUCUCGUGUGUUCCACAGAGACAUACACAUACUUCUCGGAAAAAACAUACACUAGAGCAAAAAACAGAUGCUAGAGAAAGUCAGCAGGAAUACCCAGAUUUCUAUGACUUCUCAAAUGCUGCUUGCAGACCUUCUACUCCUGCUCCUGGCAGACGCACGCCUUCCCCUUCACGAGGUGGAUAUUUUGGUCCCGAUUUGUAUAGCCACAAUAAGGCAUCACCAAGUGGCUUAAAGUCAGCCUGUCUACCUAGUCAGCCCUCUCCUAAAAAACAGGAAGAAGUGAGGAGAGAAUAUCCACUUUCCUCUGAUGGGCAUCCACAUAGACAGAAGAGUGAGUUCAUUCGUCUGGAUGUCGUUGAGCAACCACCCCCACGGUCAGACUUUCCUGUAGCAGCCCCAGAAAAUGCUGGUAGCGGUCCAGCCCAUGUCAGGGGACGAACCGGAGUAGAAACUGACUUGACUUUUGGGCUGACUCCUACCAGACCUUCACAUUCUGCAUGUAGCUCCGAAGCUCCAGAAGAGCGAUCCAGUAGAAGACUGGCUGACAGUGAGUCCCUGAGCUGUGGGGCUCAGAGAAGCACAGAUCUGGAAAGGGAAGAUUCCAUCAGCAGAGGAAGGAGGUCUCCGAGCAAGCCAGACUUCCUCUACAAAAAGCCUGCCCUCUGAGAGCAGCCUCCAAGUCGUCUGUGCCUGAGAUGUGAAACGUCCAUUUAUGAUGUAACCCAACAACUUACCAGUUUAUUGAUGCCAGCUCAUUUUCACAUUAUUUUAUUCUGGUUUUUGUGUGUAUAUAUAUGUUUAUUACACAUGGCAUGCUAAGAGGGUUAUUUUGAAUGCUGCAUAUGUCUGUUUUAUGUUUGAACGAUUAUGUAGGGAACCAUUUUAAAGAGCAAGCAAGCUGGCACUUUUUUUUCCCCCUCUUUAUAAAUGAUGGAAAUUUUUUGCACUUGUACAUUUAUUUUAUCUGUAUUGAUUUUAUAUCAGUAUGUCCAACUUUAUUGCCACAUUUAAAAGAGUGUAUUUUCAUACUUUUUUGCAUUUUACCUUUCAUCUACUAAUUUCCAUGUGCAUUGGAUUGCACACUAAGAUGUAUUUUCUUAUGAAAUAGUUCUGUGUUUAUUUUUUAAUUAUAGAAACUCCAAAGAACAGCACAUCAAAAUGCUCCUCUCUUUUCAGUAAUUGUUUAGGUUCAGAAAUCUUCCUGCUCAUUCUCCAUAAGUCUAAUGUUAUUCUUUAAUAAGUCUUAGGAGCUGGUCUUCAUUCCCCCAGUGGGUCCAUUCCAGGUCCUGAAGUUUUCACGUCAGUUAGAACAGGAAGCAGAAAAGCCUUUGGUGCCCAAGCUAAGGCUGUUGCUUUGUUCACAGUGUGGACACUGUCAGGACCCGUGCAGAUUCUGGUUGUACAGAUUAGAAUAUUGUGGAUUUGCUCAGCUGAUGAGGUUCUAAGGAAAUUGGAUCCCUUGGAUGAGAAAGCAGCAGAAAUCCUUCAGGUUUUCUGGCGCUAAGUGUGACUCUCAGCUGCCUUGGGUGAAAUGACUGCCUGCUGCCUUCAGUUGUAUUGCUUUCUAUGGGAAAAAAAAAAAAAAAAAGACAAAAGGGCUUCAGUCUUAUGGAUUGUUAUUUGGUAUUUGUAAGCAUAUGUUUCCUUUUAAAUAUUUUUCAAAGGAUGUCUCAAUUUUGGUGUCCUAUAAUAGUUGUAUAUAAUACAUAAUGCUUUUUCACCAAAAAACAAAAAAGAAAAAGAAAUUUGUUUUCAGUUGAACACUACAUGUCCUACUUGAACUUCAUUAGGGACGCUGGUUUGGCCUUUACUGAACCACUGAGCACAUGGGAUCUUUCUGAUCCUCUCCCUUGGAAGGGCAAUGUGUGAGCUAAGGACUGUUUUUUUCUUACUCUCCUAUGUAAAUAUGUUAGUAUUUGAGUUUUUAAAUCACUUAAAUAUUAUUUGAGCAUUCACUUUGUAUUUUUACAAACACAUAGAACCAUAGCACUUAGAAGAAAAGAGACUUCCUAAACAUUCCCUCGUAGGAAGGAUAUUUGGAAACCUCUUUUCAAGAUAUAUAUAUUUCACAGAUAUAUAUAUCACUAUGAGUCACUCACACUCUAAAACUAUGCAGGGCUAGGGAGCCUUUACAAGCUACCAUAUAAAUGAAUUACAUGCACUUUGAAGUAAAUAGAUUUCUAUUGGGUGUCAACAACUCUGAUUUCUCCCAAAACUGUAGUUUCUCUUACGGUCUUUUCCUACUUUACCCUGUGGAUAUACACUCAGGAAUAAUCUGACAUUUUUAAAAAUCCUAAUAGUAGAUAAUCUCAAAGAUGGAAAACCUGUCGGUCUAUCUGUGUACCCCGGCCGACUGCCGCCACUUGUUCUGCUGCCUGACUAGUUAGCUGCUACUGGUGCAUUCAUUGACCUUGGUGAUGUAUUCUGAGCUCCACUCAUUGGCUGUGAGGUCAGCUCAUAUAUCGCCUUUAUGGCUCCUUUUUUAGACGGAAAAACACAGGACUCUGUCCUCAUUUUUGAAUUUUAGCUCUUCUAGUAGAUAAUGGGAUGUUUUGAAGUCCAGUCUUCUUCUUCAGAAACAAAAGUUAAUUCUCUGAUAUUCCUUACUGUGUGGUUAUAUACAUGUGUGAACAUGAAUUGUUUUAGAAUUCAUGAAUCGGACUUUUCUGUGUUAAUCAGACAUGAUAAGAAUGAGUGGACCUAAUUUGGGUGUUGAAAAGGCUUUCUCAUUUCUGACCUAUUUCUUUUUUACUAUUUUCCCCUACAUAUUAGACCAGUGUUGUUGAUCCCACACAUUUUUUGGUUUUAGGGUUUUUUUUUUUUUUGGUACCCGAGAUCAAACUUGGGUCCUUGCGCUUGCAAGGCAGGCGGCAGAACCACUGAGCUAAAUCCCCAGCCUUUUUUUGCCGGGGGGGUACCAGUGAUAUCCCACACAUUUUUUGAAACUUCAUUAAAUAUUUUUUAUAUACUCAAAAUGUAAUUGUAAAAAUUAGUGGUCGUUGUUCAUAGUAUUAUUUAAUUUAUGAAAUUUGCUUUUCAUAACAGUUUACCCAGCAAAACUAUGUGUAUAGAGGGAAGUCUUGCUUUAAUCUGUGGGAUUGUGGAUUAAUGUGACUUGCAGAAGGUAAACAGAUGUGAUUUUUAUAUGUGUUAGGUGUUGGUGGACUUUUAAUGUACCUUGUGAAGUAUGGUUAAUAGGGUAGGUUGAAUAGCUAUGUGCCUCUAGCUUUUGAACCCAUCUAUUAAAUCUUUUUCAGUGCUGUACUAAGAUAAAUGUGAAGUCUGAAUAAGGUUGCUCUCAGAAAAAAAAUAUGUAUAAUAUGAAACUUAGGACACGGGAAUUGGCACUUCACUUGGUAUAGAAAUUUAAUGAGAACCAAAUCACAAAAAUACCAGAUCUCCUUUUGAGGCCAUGGACAAUCAGGCCACUUGGACAAUCACCACUUCCACUGCCUGCUGUGUGUUGAGGUUAGAGAGCCACCAGUCAAGUGCUAGUGCAGAGGAGAAGAGUUAGAUUUCUGAAAGAUGCUGUUGGUCCUUUCCUUAUAUAAUUGUUUUAGUUUUGUGAUUUUGAAAAAUAUUUUAAGUUUAAGGUCACCCAGUGCUCCCGAGGGAAACAGUAACAGCAUGAAAGGUCAGAAUCAUCCGCACACCCAUUCUCGUAUGCCCCCUUGCUUUAUUUCCCGGCACACGUUCCUGGGCCUGAGCUAGCCUGUCAUUUUAAUAACCUAGCUUCUGAGGGUUUUUGCAGAGUUUUUCAUAUUUAUCUUUUUCUAAAACUAUGAAAUUCUUUUUACUUCCUCAAUCUGGUUGGGGUUUUUGUUUUGUUUUUUUACUAAUACUUGUCAUCCUUUAUUGAGUUUUCUUUUGAUUGGUGGUUCAGGUUCUCGCAGCAGGCACAAUCUUGAACAUUUGAACAAAGCUGAUGCUGCUCAGGGGGAAGGGGGAAGGAGGAUGUAGCUUCCCCAGUAACUAACGUGCAAGAGAGAGCUUUUCUUUUCUUUUUCCCUAAAGACUGGCCGGUUAUUAGUGUCCUGGGGCUGAGAUAAGUCAGUCAGUCUGUUGUGUGGCUCCUGGACCUGAGGAUGCCAGGCUCCAGUGCUGUUCUCAGCCCUUCAGGAUCCCUUGCAUCUAAUAUUUUCCUUGCCAGGGCAGUAUCAAUAUCACAUUCAGGAAUCCUUGACACUUGUUCUUUUGUUGAUUUAUAAUCCCUAAAUAUUGGGUCCACUUUUACCCAUACUUGCUACUUUGCAGAGAUGUGGAAAAUUAAUUGGUGCAAUUAAUCAUGUCCUAGCUUUAAGGCCUUAAGGUACAAGAACAUGCUUGGGUCAUGUUUCUCUACCAAGUCAGCUUUGAUCUCUAAGAAUUUCUUUAUUUCCUGUCCAGCACGAGGUAGGAAGCUCGCAUGAGAGAGACCAUCAGUAAAUGCUUUCAUAGUCAUAUAUAAGGUUGCCAUCAACUUAACCUGAGAGAGGAAGACAUGGCUGGUGGGUUGUACAGUGUUGAUCCCCAAGUUUAAGAAGACUUUGAAGUAUAUUCACAUCCAGCCUUGGGCCCAAACAUGUAUGUGUCUGCUGCUGGUGGGGUUACACCCAGCCUGACAGCAGCAAACAAAGCAUUAAACCAUUUUCUUAUUUGCUCAAGGGGGUUCUGCUGUGGCUUUCAAAGUGAUAAGCAGGAGCAAGGGCACAAAUAACAAUAUUGCUCUGUAGGUCAUCUCUGGCUUUGAUCCCAGGAACAGGCCUCGGGGCACAGAUUCCCUGUUCAUUUGGAAGUCCUCUGUCCAGUGAUAUGAAAUGUGAUUCCCAGUAGUACGUCAUACAGUUGUGGGAAGACUGAGAAGGGUGGAGAGGACUGCUAACAGACCCCUCCUGCUGUUCUUGGAUGCUCUUGGCAGGAUGGGCCAACACCGUAGCCACUGCUAAGACUGCUUGGUCAGGAGAAGGAAGGGUAACCGGUUGGCUGACUGCACCACCUAGUUCUAACAUGAGGGGCGUGGAGUCACAGAUAGAUAGUUUCACAAUGUUGGAUUUGCCUUUUAGGGAAAAACAUGUCUAAUGAAAUACUUGUAAGAUAGCUGUUUUACAAUUAAAAGGCAUUCUUCUUAUCUUUGGACUGAAUUCAAAAGGAAAUGCUUCUUUGAAUUCAAGUGUUCAGUGACCUUCAGCUCUCAUAGUCACUAUUAAAGCUGCAGUGAUGGGUGCUAUUCCCGGUUCUGCAGUGGUUCACUUUGUCUGCUGUGUAGUUUACUUUCAGACCUCAUUACAGAUAAUCUUACUGAAAGAGUUAACUGUGUACACCGCUGGAAGGUAUUACUGUUUUCCAUUAACACUUGUAUGAAUGUUUUAUGAAAUGUUAUCUUUUUGUCCUAUCAAUUGCAAUAGCUGUCGUAGUUAUUAUCUGGGCAAGCCUUUUGAUUUUUUUUCUUUAGAAAAUCUUCAUACUGUGUAUCAAUCUUUCAUAUUCUGAAUAUUAUAAUGUGUGGCUGUUUUCACAGAAAGUUACUUGGAAUUGUGUCUUGAAAAUAGCCUCUGGUGUUUGUGAGUUUAUGUGGGUUCUGUCUGGAAGCUUCCUUGGGUACCUGCCCAUGGCCGUGUACGUAGGUUCCCUGGGCAGGCCGUGUGGAGUCGUCCUCUUGGGUGGGAUGACUAAAAGCUGAAGGUUCCUGAACUCCACUUGCUGUGUAUGUGCCACAUCUGUACCUGAGAGAUGUGGGACCUUCUACACCACUGCGUUUCUUGUGGUUGUGCUGUUAC